ACAGACAGACAGACAGACAGACAGACAGACAGACAGACAGACAGACAGACAGACAGACAGACAGACGGCCAGCCAACAAGCCAGACUGACAGACAUACGGACGGACAGACCAUCAAGAUGCCUGCAGAGAAGGUACCAGAACCAGUGAAGACCAACGGUGUGACAAAUGAAAGAGGGAAGAUCAUCACUGAAGUAGAGGAUGAUGAGGACAAUCUCAGUCCAGAUGACCUGUCCGAGUUGCUAGCGGAGGGAACCAAGAAGUCCCACGACAGAGCAGAGAACUGCCAGUUUGUCAAAGAUUUCCUCAGGGGACGCAUCCAAAGAGAACUGUUUAAGCGGGGCACAGUGGCGCUCUACUUUGUCUAUACUGCCAUGGAGGAGGAGAUAGAGAGGAACAGGGACCACCCCCAGUUUGCCCCCAUCUACUUCCCCACUGAGCUGCACCGACGUGAGGCUCUGGCCCGGGACCUGGAGUACUUCUAUGGAGAAGACUGGGAGAACCAGGUCACCUGCUCCCCGGGCACCCAGCCAUAUGUAGACCGCAUCCACGAAGUGGGACGUGAAGACCCGGUCCUGCUGGUGGCCCACUCCUACACCCGCUACAUGGGUGACCUCUCUGGGGGUCAGAUCCUUAAGAAGGUGGCACAGCGGGCGCUGAAGCUGCCCUCUAGUGGCGAGGGGCUGCACUUCUACCAGUUUGAGGGCAUCCACAGCACCAAGGCCUUUAAACAGUUGUACAGGAGCAGGAUGAACGAGCUGGAGAUGGACCAGGAGACCAAGGAGAGGAUCAUAGCCGAGUCUAACCUGGCCUUCAAGUUCAACAUGGGGGUGUUCACAGAGCUGGAGGAGGCAGGGAAGAGCAUCAAGGAGGAGGUGUUGGACGCAGGGUUCCCAGGACAUGGCCAUGGGGACAUGGACGGAGACAUUAACAAGUUCCCUUACUACUCUGCCAAAAUGGUGGCCAGUGGCAACACUAACUUUGCCUGUCAGUUAGCCAUGAUGCUGCUGAGACAUCCUGUUGGUCAGAUGGUUCUGGCCAGCUGGGCGGCUGCUGUCGCCGGAUUGGCUGCCUGGUACCUCAUGUGAUCUGUCACGGACUGAUUUAGCCAAUCAUAUGUUUAAAGGGCGGAAGACUCAACAAGGAAAUGAUGGACUUCUGGAGGAGGAUGGCUAAGCUUUGUCCAGACUAAUGAACUUGUUCCCUCCCUCAAUCCUUUUCAUUCUUUAUUUCUCUCACUCCCUUCGUUGCUGUGUUGAUACCAGCUGGUUGUUGUAGUAACGAUGUUACUGUAAUGUUGUAGGGUAUGAACCCGUCUUUAAUGAAUCGUUUCACUGCCUACAUGCAGAUGAUCUCCUUAGUAAUGUCCUCUUCAGUACUUAUCACCUGCACUAUUCUGCUUAUCAACACUGAAUAGUUACAUUGUUCAACUUUCAUUUAUGGCUGUAAGUGUGUAUUGAAACUAUACUGUACUUGCAGUACAGUGUAUUUUAGGCAUAUACAGUUGAAGUCGGAGGUUUACAUACACUUAGGUUGGAGUCAUUAACAUUUGUUUUUCAGCCACUCCACAAAUUUCUUGUUAACAAAC